ACUUAAGCCUAAGUGGGAAUAGCCGUGAUAUCAGUGCUGGUCUGCUGUCCAUAGCUACCGAUACCAGCCGCCUCUACUAGCGCCUACUACCAUGAAGAUCCUAAUCAUUUUUGCUCUGGUUGUGGUCCUCUUCAAUGAAUCCUACUGUGCACCAGUAGGAGAUGAUGACGGUUAUUAUAGAGAAAGUCACUCGUUUAAUAGAUGGGGAAGACAUUAUGGUGGAGAUUUAAACCUGGGCGUCCACGCUGGGUUUAAGGAUGGAAUGGCAUCACUUGGAACUGAUAAUCAUUUUGAUUUCGGCGCUGACGGUUAUGAUGGUGAUGAUACAAGGGAGAUUCGAUACGCUAUACCUGCUCAGCGUCCACCAUCCUACUCUUCAAAUCGAUACGGCUCAGCAUCCAGUUCACCAUACAGUGAAUAUGCUCCUCAAUAUGGCCAGCAGUUUUCUCCGCGUUUCAACCAGCAGUAUUCUCCUCAGCCCGGCUCUGAACAACAGUAUGGGUCGCAGUACCCCCAACGUACUCCAUCAAGGAGACCUUCUAGUUCUCGUGGACCACCGCCUGAUUCUCCAGACAGUCACCAAAGAAGGGAAUACGCAUACGAGUAAAUGUCACAAGUCAUAUUUUUUAUGUGUUACGGAUUACUAAUGUAACCUUUUUGAUGUGUAAACUCUAA